AUGCCAUCUUGUAAAGCAGCCUCAGAAUUGUGUGUAUUAUUCAGUUUGACUGCACGUGAGAAAGCCGAUAUGCAGUACCGAAAAAAGGUAUUGGAGUAUGCGCAUCAGCACGAAAAAGCCGCCGAUAUACUGAAGAUUAAACGUUAUCACGUGCCGGACGCGAAGACAAAAUCCAUCCCGACGGAAUACGUGGAAGAGGAUGGUGAGGAGGCGACCAAAGGGGACGGCAGGCGGUGGGAGGACGAUCGUUUAAUGGCUGCAAUAGCCAAAUAUGGAGCCAGAGAUGCUGCUGAAAAG